AUGGCGCUACCCAUCGAACCUCAGACCUGGACCAAAGAUGCGUUCCUUGUCUCCACGGAUAAAACCCUCCUCUCAGUGUCAGCCAUCAACGCCGCGUUCGACCAGGAUUUCGUGUACUGGACGAAACGCCACCCCGAGAAGAUCCUCACACAGGUCAUUGAGGGUUCCUUUUGCUUCGGAGUGUACACACCCAAGCCCAAUCAUACGGGCCAGAAUGGUGAAGGCAACGGCGUCCCCAGUGAUGGUCCAACCAACGCCAAGCCAAAUGUAGAUCAGAUCGGCUUCGCGCGGCUUAUCACGGACAAUAUCACCUUCGCGUAUCUGACGGACUUGUAUAUCCUCCCGGAGUAUCAGGGUCACGGUCUUGGGGGCUGGCUAGUCGAUUGCGUGGAUGAGGUAUUGCGACCGCUGCCGCAUUUGAGGUGGGUUAUGUUGCGGACGUCGGCGGAGAAGAGCAAGCAGUCGUACGAGAAGCGUCUGGGCAUGAUCGAGACCACCCAUGGCCUCACGACGUGCUUUCUCCCUCCGCGAGCCAUUGCCAGCUCCCCAUCCGAAUGUCCACUAAGCGGCUUGAACCGACAAGACUACCGUUUAUCUGAUGAGCCGGUCCCACUGGGAUCAUUUCGUGAGAAAUGGUCCAAGCCGAGUGGCCUGCAAUCCUCGCAUGAGUCGGGAGUUCGCCGCCAGACAUUAAUUAUCAAUCAAUUCCCUCGGUGUGCCAAGCGCCCAGCCGGUGCUGCUUCUUAUCAGAUUGGGCCAUCGGGUCUCUUGAGUCUUGAAGCCUCCACCCGGUCCACUCGUCUGUCUCGGAGAUAA